GAAAUGGAAAGAUAUGGUGUGUUCUUUGUGAUUCUUUUACAUCUAUUACAUCUUGUUCAAGCUCAAGAUCAAAACGGAUUCAUAAGUUUGGAUUGCGGGUUGUCCCCCAAUGACUCUCCCUAUGAAGAACCUGAAACCAAAUUGAUAUACACAUCAGAUGCCGAUCUAAUCCAGGGUGGGAGAACUGGUAGAGUCGAGGAGACGUCGCGAUAUUUCAUCAAGCCAUCUUGGACACUAAGAUAUUUUCCAGAUGGAGUUCGAAACUGCUACAAUCUAAACGUCAUGCAAGGCACAAGAUAUAUGAUCAGGGCUAUUUUCAUAUAUGGAAAUUAUGAUGGUCUUAAUGUCGACCCGAGUUUUGAUCUGUACUUUGGGCCCAAUUUGUGGAAAACAGUGAAUACUAGUGAAGCUUUCAUGGAGGAGGUUAUCCACGUAAUGCGAUCCAACUCUUUGCAGGUUUGUCUAGUUAAGACUGGAACAAGUACGCCUAUGAUAAAUGUCCUGGAACUAAGGCCGCUGAGAACAGAUAUGUACAUUACUAAAAGCAAAUCAUUGCAACUCUUGGGACGGAAUUAUUUCCGCAUUUCAGAAGCCGUAAUAAGGUACCCUGAUGACGUAUAUGAUCGGCUUUGGGCUCCGGGAUUCUUGGAGGACGAGUGGGCCCCAUUUAAUACGACUAUCAAUAUAACAAGUUCUAGUUAUGAUCUUCCUCAAUCAGUGAUGGCUAAUGCUAUAACGCCCUUAGACCCUAAAAAGUCGUUGAACAUAACAUUGAACAUAAGUUCUGAUACCACAGAAUCUCCCACAACAGAGUUUUACCUCUACAUGCACUUUGCAGAGCUUCAGACCUUGAAGGCCAACGAAACCAGAAAGUUUAAUAUUUUGAUUGAUGGAAAACCGAUCUUUGAUAAUCCUUAUAGUCCGAAGUUUCUAACAGCCGAUAGUUUACAAGACCCAACACCACAACAAUGCGAUGAAGGGAGUUGCAAUUUCGAACUGGCGAAAACGUGGGAUUCAAAUCUUCCACCUUUGAUUAACGCUAUCGAAGGCUUCACUGAGAUUGAUUUCUCGUUAUUAGAAACAAACGGAGCUGAUGUGGCUGCUAUCAAGAGAAUCCAAUCUGCUUAUAGAUUGAAUAAAAUCAGUUGGCAAGGAGAUCCAUGCGUCCCUAAAAAGUUCUUGUGGGACGGUCUAAAAUGCAAUAGCUUUGAUAAUUCUACGUCACCAAUAAUCACUUUCUUAAACUUGUCUUCAAGUUCACUGAAUGGGAGCAUCACCUCUGCCAUUCAGAAUCUAACCAAUCUGCAAGAACUAGACUUGUCAAAUAACAAUUUGACAGGAGGUAUACCGGGAUUUCUAGCGGACAUGAAAUCGCUAUUGGUCAUAAAUUUAAGUAGGAACAAUCUCAAUGGUCCAGUUCCCAAAAAGCUUAUAGAGAAGAAAGGAUUGAAGUUGAAUGUUGAAGGAAAUCCAAAGAUUAUUUGCACAACUAGGUCAUGUGUAAAUGGAGCUAGAGAGGGUGGACAUCAGAAAAACAACAUUAUAGUACCUGUUUCCGCAUCAAUUGCUGCACUUGUUAUUCUCAUAAUUGCAUCGAUUCUAUGUUGUGUUCUCAUAAAAAAAGAAAAACCCAUCAAUCUAACUUUUUGUCUCAUGAAUUUAGAGCCAACAUCAUGUAUGCUAAAUACGGAUGUUAGAUCAUCAAGAUCAGCCGAACCGGCAAUAAUGACAACGAAUAAAAGGUUUACUUACUCGGAAGUUGUGAAGAUGACAAAUAACUUCCAGAGAAUCCUUGGGAAAGGAGGGUUUGGAAUUGUCUAUUAUGGUUCUGUGAAUGAUACCGAAGAAGUUGCUGUCAAAAUGCUCUCACAAUCUUCAUCUCAAGGAUAUAAACAAUUCAAAGCUGAGGUGGAACUUCUUCUUAGAGUUCAUCACAAGAAUUUGGUCGGUCUUGUUGGAUAUUGUGAUGAAGGGGAUAAAUUGGCUCUCAUUUACGAAUACAUGGCCAAUGGAGACUUAGAUGAGCAUAUGUCAGGAAAACGUGGUGGCUCUUUUUUGAAUUGGGCAACUAGACUAAAAAUAGUUGCUGAAUCCGCACAAGGAUUGGAGUACCUACAUAAUGGUUGUAAACCACUAAUGGUUCAUAGGGAUAUCAAAACUACAAAUAUAUUGUUGAAUGAACACUUACAGGCCAAACUUGCUGAUUUUGGACUUUCGAGGUCAUUUCCAAUUGAAGGCGAGACUCAUGUAUCAACAGUUGUUGCUGGAACAAUUGGAUACCUUGAUCCCGAAUAUUACCGAACAAAUUGGUUGACAGAAAAGAGUGACGUCUACAGUUUUGGUAUUGUAAUAUUGGAGAUAAUUACAAACAAACCAGUGAUUGACCAAAACCGUGAAAAGCGACACAUAGCAGAAUGGGUAGGACAAAUGCUUACAAAAGGAGACAUCAAAAGCAUUACGGAUCCAAGUCUCCAUGGAGAUUAUGACUCUAGUUCAGUUUGGAAAGCUGUCGAAUUGGCAAUGUCGUGUCUGAAUCCUUCUUCGAUAAAUAGACCGACAAUGACUCAAGUUGUUUCUGAACUAAACGAGUGUUUAGCAUCAGAAAAUUUGAGGGGAGGACAGAGUCAAGAGAUGGAUUCACAGAGUUCCAUAGAAGUGAGUAUGACAUUUGAACCUGAAGCAAAUCCUGCAGCUCGAUAGAGAUCAUGAGAACUUCUCCUGUUGUAUCGUGUAUUUUUG